AUGUCUAGUUCCAAGCCUGACGAAGAUGGCGGCGGUGCCACUGAAGGUACAGGGCCCUUGCCUUCUCGUCCAAAGGAAGGUGUUGUGGUUCACGAGGCCUGGGACUCUGAGUAUGAGGAGAAAGCACGCCGAAUCGCUGAAAGCGAUCUCAAUCAGAGACAAAAACAGAAUUACAAGGGAUUUAUGCUUCUUUGGGCUGCAUGGCAAAGCACUGGUGUCAUUUACGGAGACAUUGGUACAAGCCCUCUCUAUGUGUACAGUUCGACCUUCACCUCCCAGCCGUCAUGGGAUGACCUGGUCGGCGCUUUGUCUAUUAUCAUUUGGUCCCUCAUCAUCAUCGUGUCCAUCAAAUAUUCUUUAAUCGUUCUCCGUGCCGAUGAUGAUGGGCAGGGUGGCACCUUUGCUCUGUACUCGCUUCUUGCCCGCUAUGCCAACAUUGUCCGCCGCGAUCCCAAUGUCUCAGGAUUGGUCCGACUCGAGCGUCAGUUGACGACUGAUUUGAAGCCUUCAGCAAGGACUGUCAGACACUUCCUCGAGCACAGUCGCAUUACUCAAAGAGCCCUCAAGGUUCUGGGGGUGCUUGGCGUCUCCAUGGUGAUGGCUGACGGUGUACUUACUCCCGCCCAAUCUGUGCUUGGUGCCAUCCAGGGAAUCAGAGUAACCAACCCCGAGCUCCCAACAGGUGCCAUAGUUGGCAUCUCAUGCGCUAUCCUCGUGGUCCUCUUCCUGAUUCAGCCCCUCGGCACCUCCAAAGUUGGCACGACGUUUGCCCCCAUCGUCGUCAUCUGGCUCUUGUUCAACCUCAGCUGUGGCAUAUACAACCUAGUACUGUAUGACUACACUGUCCUCAAAGCCUUCAGUCCACACUACGCAUUCAUAUACCUGAUUCGAAAUGGUCGCGCGGGAUGGGAGUCUCUGGGUGGCCUUCUUCUGGCUUUUACUGGUGUCGAGGCCCUCUUCGCGGACCUUGGUGCUUUUGGAAAACGUGGCAUCCAACUCUCCUGGCUAUGUCUGGCUUUGCCCUGUCUGCUUCUCGCCUACAUUGGCCAGGCAGCGUAUAUCUCCGUGGAUUCCACCCAGGAGGCCUAUACCAACCCCUUUUUCAACAGCCUCCCUCCCGGAAGUCUCUACUUCGGCCUCGUCAUUGCUGUCCUGGCUGCCAUUGUAGCAAGUCAAGCAAUGAUUACCAGCUCGUUCCAAUUAUUGUCGCAGAUUAUGAGACUGAGCUACUUUCCUCAUAUCAAAACCAUCCACACCAGUGCCAGGUUCCAUGAGCAAGUUUACAUACCUAUGGCAAACUGGCUGUUGAUGAUUGGAACGGUUAUCGUCACUGCCGUUUACAACAAUACCACAAGUCUGGGCAAUGCUUAUGGAGUAUGUGUGAUCAUUGUCAUGAUGAUAACAACUUGCAUGAUCUCCCUCGUCGCAUCAAUCAUUUGGCAUGUCCCCUCACCAAUCGUCCUCUUCCUCUUCCUUUUCUUCGCAGCUUACGAGGGUGCUUACACCUCCUCGGCUCUUCGCAAGGUCCCUGAAGGUGCCUGGUUCACCCUUGUCUUGGCGGCCGUCCUUUCCAGCGUGUUUGUUCUUUGGCGCUGGGGGAAAGAGCGCCAGUGGUCCGCGGAAGGCGAGGAUAGAGUCGAGACUCAAGAUUUGCUACAACUUCCAGGUUCAUCUUCGGGCGAGUCGACAACAAGAGAGGUCGACGCUCGACUACAGAUGAAGCUGACACCUAUGUUUGGCGAAGGUCUCGUCUCGACUGCCCCCGGCUUGGGGAUAUUUUUUGACAAGGUCGGCACUAGAGGAAACAUGAUCCCAAAGGUGUUUACACAAUUUAUCCGCAAGUUCAAGUCAAGGCCAGAGGUCAUCAUCUUCUUCCACAUGCGGCCACUCUCCGUCCCCUUUGUACCAGUUGAAGAACGAUUCGUCAUUACCCGAGCAACUUCGCAUAUUCCCUCCUCGUACCGUGUAACUCUUCGUCAUGGCUACUUGGAUGACGUCCUCACGCCAGAUCUUGGCUCUAUCGUUGUUGACGAGAUAGCUCGUUUCCUACAGACCGCCGCGGCCAGCGUUGGGACUAGCUCAAACCAGCCAUCGAAUGGUCUUGAUGAAGAGCUGAGGGCGCUCCAGAGGGCCCAAAAUGACCAAACUGUGUACGUGCUAGGCAAGCAAGUCAUGCGCAUCAAGCGGACAAGUGGCAAUAUUAUACGGCGCCUGAUGAGGAAGAUCUUUCUAACCGCAUUCCUCUGGAUUCGCGAGAACUCGAGAGCGAAACUCGCCGAUCUCGAUAUGGAUUACAAUAAUCUAGUAGAGGUUGGGUUUGUGAUGGAGAUUUGA